AUGGCGCAGGACCUAAGAGCAUAUGCACCUGCGUGGCUGCAAGCCAUUCAGCAGCGAGCUUCCUUCUUGCGUCAGCGAUGCUUUGACUACAUAUCCCUCUUGGGAUCCUCUUUGCCAAUAUUGUCGACGAGACGCCCGGACACCGACCCAGAUGCACACAUUUUACAACAGCGGCAUCCUCUGCUCCACGCGAAUGCCGAGUCGAGUGAAGAGUACUUGGUCCUGUCCGACGGGCGAAAAGUUGGUGUCGCAUAUUAUGGUGCGCAGAGUGGCCCGGUGGUCUUUUACUUGCACGGGUUUCCCGGCUCUCGACUAUCUGGCACUUUUUUCGAUACUCCUGGCAAGAAGUUAGGGGCCAGGAUCAUUGCCGUGGAUAGACCUGGCAUUGGAAACAGUUCUCCGCAGCCUGGCCGCACAAUAUUUAAUCAUGCGAAUGAUGUGCGCGAAAUUGCCGAGCUUUUGGGUGUCGAGUCUUAUGGCAUCAUUGGCGUCUCUGGCGGAGGCCCAUAUGCUCUAGCUUGUGCCUACCUCUUGCCCAAGGAAAACCUGAAGGCCGUCUCCAUCCUUGCUGGGAUGGGUCCGAUUGAUAUUGGGACCAGAGGCAUGAACUGGAGCAACUGGUUCAUAUUUAAUGGUUUCAUGUAUUUCCCCUUUAUAAUUCGUUGGAUCCAGAACAAGCUAGUAGCAACCUUGGCGACGGUUUCCAACGAAAAGAUUGUCGCCCUGGUCGAGAGGCAGUUGUCGAAACCGUCAAAUCGACAGUUCAUGUACACUGCCACGGAUAUCGCCAUUCUAAGAGAUCCCGACUUUCUCUCCAUGAUGCUCAACUUUUAUAGGGAGCAUUACAAGCAGGGAGUCGACGGCCACAUGGAGGACGGACGGGUCUUGACCACGAAUCUGGGGUUUCGCCUGCAAGAUAUCCGCCCCAGUCUGCCGAUCCAAAUGUGGUACAGCAAGGACGAUACCAAUGUACCGUUUCGGAUGGCUCGAGCAAUGGCUGAGCGUCUCAGCUGUCCACCCCAGUUCCAUGCUAUUAGCGACGAAACACACUUGAGUCUAGUGUUGAAGUAUAGUGCCGAUGUCUUGGAGCAUCUGCUUGAGAAAUUAUAA